AUGACUCGAUUCUCCAUAGACAUCGUUUCUGAUACGGUGUGUCCUUGGUGUUAUGUUGGCUACAGGAAGCUCAACAGGGCCAUCACCGAGUUCUCUGCCUCCAAUCCGGGCCACACAUUCGAUAUCACCUGGAAACCAUACUAUCUCAACCCCGACUCUCCCAAAGUUGGCAUUGACAAGACCGAGUUCUAUUACUCCAAGUUCGGUGCAGAGCGAGUAGUCCCAAUGUUCCAGCGUCUUUCGGCCAUCGGCGAGGCCGAAGGAAUCCACUUCAAGUUCGGAGGAAAGACCGGAAAUACACGUGAUUCUCAUAGACUCAUUCAAAUGGCGAAGGAGAAGGGCCUACAAACAAGGAUGGUAGAGGAGCUUUUUGCUGCCUAUUUUGAAAAUGAGAAGGAUAUUACCUCCUUCAAAACUCUGUUAGAUGCUGCCAAGAAGGCUGGUUUGGAGGAGGAUGAAGUUAAGGGAUGGCUAGGGUCUGAUGCGGGUGGUGACAUCGUUGACAAGGAAGUCCAUGUGGCACAACGCCAUGGUAUUUCAGGUGUUCCCAACUUCACCAUAAACGGGAGGUACGAGAUUGGCGGGGCACAAGACCCUAGAGAAUUCAUUGCGGUUUUCAAAGGCUUGGCUGAUGCAAGUACUCCCGCUACUACGGGCAUGACAUGCUAA